AUGCCUGUCCACGAUCUCAUCUCCUUCAAUGCCAUCGCCGGGGCAUAUUCCCACACAGGGCAUCUCCAAGAUGCGAAGGAGAUGUUUGACACGCUGCCUGAAAGGGAUCUCGUGUCGUGGACAGGGAUGCUAACGGCAUAUACCCGCUCAGGGCAUCUCCAGGAGGCGAAGGGUAUCUUUUGUGACAUGCCACAGCGGGAUAUUGUUUCCUGGACGGCAAUGCUAACAGCAUAUGCGCGGCUUGGGUAUCUUGAGAGUGCUAAAUCUAUGUUUGAUUCCAUUCCACAGCGCGAUUGCGUGUGUUGGUCGGCGAUGAUAUCUGUAUAUGGACAAAAGGGACAAAUCGAUGGUGCUAAGCGCGUGUUUGAGGAUAUGCCAGAAAGAAACAUGGUAUCGUGGUCGUCAAUGCUAGCGGCAUAUGCGCAGAAUGGGCAUCAUAACGAUGCGAAGGUCUUGUUUGAGAGCAUGCCGUACAGGGAUCUGAUGACGUGGACUACAAUGCUGACCGUGUUGACGGAGGAGGACCGCGUUGACGAUGCCCGGGUUUUGUUCGAUGAGAUGCCACAGCGGGACAUCGUGACGUGGACGGCCAUGCUCGCUGCGUAUACCCGGAAUGGGCAUCUUGAAAAUGCGAAGCAUCUUUUUGACCGGAUACCUCAGCUAAAUCAGAUAUGCUGCAAUGCGAUGCUAGAUGCGUAUGCCCAGAACUCGCAGCUCAAGGAAGCCCUGGAGAUGUUUCACAAGAUCCACGAGAGGGAUGUAGCUUGCUGGAGUGUGAUGAUCUAUGCCUAUGCUCACAAUGGGCACUUGGAUCUGGCAAGAAAAGUUCUAGAGACGAUGCCAGAGCGAAACAUAGCAUCUUGGGGAGCUAUGCUCAGUGGAUACUCACUCACAGGUCAUUUCUUGAGGGUCUUUGAAGUCCUGGAUUUGUUCCGGUUGAUUGAGUGCCCUGAUUCUGUAUGUUUUGUUGCCAUCUUUGGAGCUUGUAAUUACAUUGGCAAGAUGGAGGCUGGCCGGCAGUGGUUCCUCUCAAUGAUCAUAGAUUACAAAGUUGAGCCUACAAGACAGCACUACUGCUGUAUGAUUGAUUUGCUAGGACGAGCAGGACACAUUGACAGUGCUAAGGAACUCAUCACACUGAUGCCAUUUGUGCCUGAUGUUCUUGAGUGGACCUGUUUGCUUGGAGCUUGCAGAAGUUCGAGUAAUCUCCAGCAUGCUGAAAAUGCCGCGAAAUCUCUCUUUGUCAUGAGCAAUGAUGGUGCUGGAUAUGCAUAUGUAUUGCUUGGAAACAUCUAUUCAUUACCCAAAAAAACUCUGCAUAUGCAAAGGGGCUUUCAUCAUACAGAUCAAUCAGUUUCUGAGCUAGGGGACUUUCUGGAGAGGUUGAGAAGGCUUGCCACAUACACAGCAAGAGAUUCUUUUGACAGCCAUUUGUGA